CAAAAUUUAAGGUAUUUUAACAUGUUUAUUUUAAGUCAAAAUUUAAAUGAUUUCGACGAGGAUGAGGUACCACGAAAAAAAAUUAAGUUGUUCAACCAUAUCGACAUUAAAUGUUAUAUAAACUCAUUGCCGGAUGAAAUAAUGACAAAAAUAUUUUCAUACAUUCCAAAUAAAUUUCUGUAUUUCCAAGCAAGAGCAGUUUGCAGAAAAUGGAAAAAAAUAACGUGCGCCCCGGAAUUAUGGAAGAAAAUAAUUGCCGGAAAAAAUAUAACCACCCAAUCUCUGGAAUGUUGGAUAACAAUGGCGACACAUUUAACCGAAAUAAAUUUGAAGCAAAGGUGCGAUAUAAACUAUAUUACGCAACAACUAACAAAAUACUCAAGAAACCUUGUUACACUCAAAAUUGAAAGCUGCUGGGGAACAGAGGACUCGAAAUACAUCAAAAGUUCGAAUUUAUGUAAAAUGGUGCAGCAUUGUUGCUGAGUCAAGAACGAAGCAGAAACCAAGUCCACAAAUGCAAUUACAACGGACCUGUAUCCAAGAGGCAGUUGCAAGUCUUCAUCGAUGCGAUUCUUCAUAGCGAUGCUUAUCAAGGCGCCACUUUUUACGGGGCCGUCAAUGAACAUAGAGUUUCGUCACAACCAGUGGAGAAUCGAGAUAUUAAUAACAAUAAUGAGAACAAUCAGAGUCAAAUAGAUUAUAUUUGGCAGGACAUUGUCAAUAAUGUUAAUAAUGAAGGGGGUGUGGCCAAUAAUUAAAACCUAAACCACCAUUUUGUAAAUGUUUACAAUGAAGUACACUGA